CUUUUUUUUGUUUUGAUUUCUCUCUUUAACUGUCUCCUAACACCAUGGCGUUUCUCAGGGUUUUGUGCAUUUGUAUGACUUUAAAUUUUGGAUUUUCCUAUGCUUUUACAUUUAAUGAAUUUUUUAUGAGGGAGAAAUGUAUGACAGAACUAGGUUGUUUUUCUGCUGGUAAGCCAUUCUUCGAUUUCAUGGAGCGACCAAUGAGCCUCUUACCAGACGACAGAAUAUCAAUUGAUACACAGUUCUAUUUAUUUAAUGCUUCCAGUGGAAUGACACCUCUUACCUUUAGUAACUUGGAUUUAAGUUUCUAUGAUAUUGACAGCAGUGGUUUCAACCCUAAGGUUAAGACAAUUUUCGUCAUACCAGGUUUUAUGAGCAAGUUUGCUGACUAUUGGAAAAUACCUCUAGUGAAAUCUUUACUAAGUAUUGAACCAUGCAACGUUUUCCUUGUUGACUGGCAACAUGGUGAUGGACCGUUGUAUGAACAAGCUGUUGCCAACACUAGGGUAGUCGGGGCGGAAAUUGCUCUGUUCCUAAACAAGUUGAAGGAAAAAUAUGAAUUUUCUUUUGAAUCUGUUCACCUUAUUGGACAUAGUUUGGGGUCACACAUUGCUGGCUAUGCUGGAAAACUACUUCAUAAAAUUGGCAGAAUAACAGCUCUGGAUCCUGCCGGCCCAUAUUUUACAAAUGUGGAACCUAUUGUGAGAUUGGACAAAUCUGAUGCAUUAUUCGUAGAUGCUAUUCAUACUAAUGCCGCCCCAAAUCGUUUUCAAGGUUUCGGAUUGGUUGAAAGUAUAGCUCACUUAGACUUUUGGCCAAAUGGUGGUCAUUUGCAACCUGGUUGUCCAGAUAUGGGAUCUUCUAUUUGGACAUUCAUCACACAUCCUACUUUAGAUUACGAUGGUUUGCACGAUCUUAUGUGUAAUCAUGGCAGAGCUAUUGAUUUGUUUACGUCAAGUAUAAAUAAUCCAGACUGUGAAAUGUAUGGUUUAGUUUGUGAAAACAUGGAGAGUUAUGUUGAAGGAUUGUGUAAUACAAGGACAGCUAAGCCUUUUCUCAUGGGUAUUCAUGCAGAUAUUUAUUCAAAAUAUAUUGACAAUUCUCGCUCAUUAAAUGUAUAUUUAAAUACUACAGAUGAAGUACCAUUUUGUAAAAAAUAAAAUAUAUAUAUUGUGAUACAUAAAUUUCAAUUAAUUGUUAUUGUUGUAACCCGUUUAAGUAUGACAAUUUUUAUACUGAUUUAUAUGAGUAGCGCUUGUAAAUGUGAUGUGCGCUGAAAAAUGUAAAAGUGAUGACUAAUAAAAAGCUGAAAUCAAAUUUAUAAAAAGA